AUGUUGGCCAUAGCAGUGUUGUCGGUAUGCUUACUGCGCAUCAUCUAUGUGUUGUGCUACCGCCUGUUCUUCUCUCCGCUGAGGCAUUUACCUGGGCCCUUCAUCUCCCGAGUCACCAGCCUGCAGCUUAUGUAUAAUGAAUUCACAGCCAAUCGUCGAUUGUAUGUUCACGGACUUCACAAGCUUCACGGGCCUGUAAUUCGGCUGGGGCCUAAUGAGGUCGCUUUCGCCACUGCGGAGGCGGCCAAACAGAUCUACUCUGUCGGCGGCAGUGGAUACGAGAAGCCUCGAUUCUACCACCUGUUCGCGCAUUUCGACGGACAAAUGAAUAUGUUCUCGUCAAUCUACAGGGCGGAGCACGCAGAACGGCGCAAGAGGAUUGCUGACCGAUUCACGAAGACAUGGGUUACUCAACCACAGAUAUUAGCUAUCGUCGAGGAACAUUCACGGGCAUUCGUGUCCAAGAUGGCCCAUCUAACAGCCGUGCGGAAUAGCGUCGAUGUUUAUCGCUACUUGCACGCCUACGCACUUGAUUCAGUCACGCAUUACCUCUUCCACCCCUACGGCACGCAUUCUAUUGACGGCGGCGAGGACAUGAGACAGGUGGAAGAACUCUGUUAUCAUGAUACGAUCAAAGAGCGCUACACUGAAGUCUACUUUCCGCGGCUCUACAAGCUUUUCGAUAUCUGGGUUAAGGCGUUCCGACCCAAAAAAGGUCCACAGUCCGGCUAUGUGUUGGAUCAUGUACGAAGGACAUGCACGAAGUCCGGCGUGGACGAGUCUACUAUUCUCUUCAAAUACCAGAACAUGAAGGAGGCUAUACCUCCCCUGGAGAUAGCGUCUGAGAUAAUGGAUCAACUCAUUGCAGGCAUAGACACCACCGGGGAUGCCCUGUGUUUCUUGAUGUGGCAUCUUUCCCUCCCUGAAUCGGCCUCGAUCCAGCAACGACUCCGUGCCGAACUUCUGGAGAGCACUAGUGCCCCUAUCGAUGACUUGCCCUACCUGGAUGCAGUCGUACAGGAAGGCUUGCGCGUCUAUGGCCCGGCGCCUAUGUCGUUUCCAAGAGUCGUCCCGGACGAUGGAAGAGUACUCGAGGGGUACUUCCUUCCCGGGGGUACUAUCGUGAGCUCCCAACCUUGGACAUUGCACCGGUUCGACACCGCCACAUUCCCCGAUCCCGAGGCUUUCAUUCCUGAAAGAUGGCUUGACGAGGAAGGUAAAGCGGAGAGGAAUAGACUUUUCUUCGCUUUUGCAGCGGGAGGCAGAGGCUGCAUCGGGAAGAACUUGGCUGUGCUGGAGAUGAAGAUGUUGCUGAAGGAAGUCUAUUCCGCGUACAAAACGAAAGUUGCCCCGGACAUGACAGCCAGCAUGGAGAUAUCCGAUCAAAUCAUAGUAUCGAGGCCCAAGGAUCAGAUAUGUCUUCUCUCUUUCGAGCCCAUUGAAGCAGCCUAG